GAGAUGGGUGAGGAGCCAGUGAUAACAGACCUAUUGCAGAAGACGCACAUGAAAGGUGACGGCACUUUUGUGGACAAACAUGCAAAGAUGAUUGUUGAAGAAGUGGAGGCCAUUGUCAUUUCGCAAGGAAUUUUCACCAACACUGGUCAUGAUGAGGUUGGCAGCCAAGGACCCAACACACAAACACCAAUUACACCAUUAAUGCGUGAUGAAGCUUUUUAUUCGAUAGUUAAGCCACACAAAGGGAAAUUGUUUGGACUUGGUUCUGCACAAAUGGAGUAUGAAGAUUCCACUGAUCCACCAACUGUCGUUUUGCCUCGCCAAGCUCGUUACGAGCGUGAUCUUAUCAAUUUGACUGAAGUGGUAACAGUUAUUAGCCAGCAGAUUACCGCUUUGUCUGAAGCUCAGGGGGUCAUAGUGCCUUCGGUACUUGGUGCUGAACAGACACCUCAUCCAUCUUAGAAGCCCCACACUCAGACAAAUUUAACUGAAGCAGCAGCUACAAAUGACAUCACCGACCCAUCUCCAUCCACACAUCCUAGCACCAGCGAGCAGAUGGAUCUAGAUAACAUCUAAGACACAAGCACCUUUAUUUUGGAAGAUCCUCAAUAGAAAUUGUAAGUUUAAGUAUGAACUUUUGUUAUGUUUUAGUUUCUCGUUUAGGCUUUUGUUUAACUAUC